AUGGAUCAUUCCAAUCAGCACUGUGUAUCAAAGCACCUGCAUGAAAUUAAUCAUAUCCAGUCCCAAGAGUCCGACGUUUUCCCUCCGGUGGCCGAAAGCUUAGUCGUCCUACUAUCGGCAAUGCUCGCAUACGGAGUGCCACCAAGCACAAAAGCCCUACACCACAUCAGGCCUCCCUGUAUUAUAAGUUGUACGAGCGAACGGCGGCUCCACUUCAUACAAAUUAUCCUUAUCUUGAGCAACUGCAAUUUUUGUUCAUUUGCUGCCUACUCCAAUCAAUCCCAGACGCACGCAUAG